AUGACUACUUUAAAUCAAUUCACGGUAUUCUGGGAGGCUGCCAGGAGUCGUGGCAUUGUCACCUCGGGCCCUGAUAUUCCCCCUCUUCGGCUUUCAGAUCAAACGAAGCACGUCAGUUCUCUGGCCAUCAUCGAAGAGGUCUCGGGCAUCUUUGAUCACUCCUCGGCAUGCGAAGCCGAGCUCGAGAUGGACCACGACCCUCGUAUUCCACUCCAUCCAGACCUCCGAGAGUUUGCACUAGCUCUACUUUGCCUGAAUACUCCUUUGACGCAGCUGCAGGAACAUUGUCGUGGCUUUGCAAAACAGAAAUGGGGUGAUUUGGCUGGUGACACCCAUGCACGUUAUAUGCUUACGAGUCAUGAUUCGACAUCUCUUUACCGAACAAUUGCGAGAGAGAUUGGAAUACCCCAACGAUCAGCUGCAGAAGCAAAUUUAGAUUCAUGGUUUCGUACGAAUGACCCACACCCACCCGACCCUGCACUCUCCCACGCACUCAUGUUUUAUCAGGCCCACGUCGACGGAGUCACUGAUCGAUGCAUCCUCAUCUUUUCUACACCCGAACAACGAGCAUUGGCAUGGAAGUACGGCCACAAUAAUCAGGUCCUAAUGGAUGGCACUUUUGCAAAAGCUGUCCAUGCUGACUACGAUCAGAAAAUUCUCGAGGAUGUACUUGACAAGUGGAAAGCAGCCAUGGGCCUCAACGAUGCUGGCGAACCGUUCAACAUUGCUGUUGGAAACACGGACAACGAUAUACGAGAACGAUAUGCUCUCACGAAGCACUGGCCAUCAAUUCACCUUAUUCUAUGUCUUUUUCACAUGUGGCAAUCUUGGCGAAAUGGUCUCAACAGGUACCUAAAGCCUGCACCGAAAGGACCUGCACGCCAAGAGAUUCGAGCUCGUCUUGAGGCUGUGCACGCAUAUAAUGAGGAGUUGGCUUUUUUCAGGGACUCAGCAGGCAGAAUGAUGACGUAUCGAGAAAAAAAUCCAAAGCUGGCCUAUCUCUUCGAUUACCUCAAGCUUCGUUCCUUUUGGCUGUCCUGGUCUCCGGGUGGUGUUCUCGUUGCUGCUGAACGUCUCGGAGUUCCCAUGCAAGAAGUCAUCCGCACUAAUAACCACCUCGAGUCCUUUAACUGCCGCCUGAAGAAGAAAUUUUUCGCUCACUAUAUGCACUCUGGACGACUCCCACAUGUUGACUACUGGGUCCUCCUCAUGAUAACUCGUGUUAUACCUGAUUUUCUGACAGCGCGGGAAGACCGACAAAAACUCGCAGAUUACUACCGAAAUAUGCGUCGAUUGUCAGACGAAAAGCCUGAUAUGGUACCUACAGAACCAGCAGACGAGAUUCCCCCGCUCUUUGAUGCCAAAAAGAUGCUCAAUGACUUGGAUAAUGAUGACGAGCUUGACGACGAUGAGUCAGCACACGACAGCGAUGAACCUGAUGCUCAACCAGGACUUGAAGCUCUCUACACUGGUGGUUUGCACAUUUCCGAUGACGGAAACAGCCUAACUACAUGCAAAUUUCCCUGUACUACUUGCAACCACAUCCCACGCACUCAUUUCCAUGCUGAGACUCCACCAGAAACUGAAUUUCACGACUCGAACUCUUUCCUCGAUGACGGUUUUGCACUCGACUCAGAUGCUAUCAUGUGUGAUCUUUCAGAUGACAUUGGUAUCCCCCCUCCAUCCUUCGACUCAGGCUCUAGUGACGGACUAUCACUUCUACUUGACCCCGUCAUUCUCACACCAUGCAUAGAUCAUGUUGACAUUCCCGCCAUUCAAAUAUUUUCUCCUGGUCCACUGGCAGCACAAAUUCCUAGUACAACUCUCUCAAAUGAGCAGGCUAUCAUCUACCAGGAAUGCCUCGCACUCGAGGAUGCAAUGCUUGACUGUUUUCGCCGGCUGCUCACAAUCUCGUUUCACUCGGCACCCUUCGAACCACACAUGAGUCCUGCAGUCCGUGGUAGGCUCACCAAUACCCCACUAUUACUACCAAUUUCAUUACCACCCUCGCCAUCAGCACUUGCUUCCACUUCACGACUCGGAGAUGUUGUUAUUGGCUCGGCGGACAACCAUACACCACACCGCCUACAACCUUUCGCGCUGCAAAAAAAGGAACUGCGAAAAGAAUCCCACGGUGUUCGUUAG